CGCGCUUCCCUCUCCCUCUGUUCGGCUGGCGUUGGCGGAGCCGCCGCGCUCCUUCCCGCUGAAGCGCUCCGAGGCAGGAGACUCUCCGCAGCAGGCUCACGCCCCCGCGGGGAAGGCGCCCAGGAUUACUCCGUGGUGGGGGCAGGGAGGGCACCCCCUCCUCCGAGGGGGCAGGUCCUCCUCGCUUUCCUGUGGGGGCGCCGCGACCGGGCUGUGCUGGAGGGUGGCUCGGCCACCUGCGCGCAACCAAAGCAGCUCUGCCUCCCUCCUGCAAUCCCCACACCUGGAAAUGAAGUCCAGCGAGGGACGAAGCGAAUGAAUGAAGCUGCGGCCCGAGGAGGCCCGGAGCCCCGCAGAAAAGCCCCGGCCGAGCCGACCUCCCCGCCUCGGCGUCGCCGUGGAGAUGUGAAGGCGCCUUCUCCGCAUGCCCUUGCGGAGCCUCGCUCUUGCGCCCCGCACUGACAGAUGCGCCGGGAAGGGGGGCGGUCCGGCCCCCCCGCUUUUUGCAUCGCCGUCUACGCGGCGGCGGCGGCAGGAGCCCCCUUUCUCCGCUCGCCAGCUCCCUCCUAAAGGAUUUACUGGAUGAAGAGCGGGCUUUUUUGGUGGUGGCCUCGGCGGACUGGCAGCCCGAGAGACUUCAGCUGACCAGUGCAGUGUUUGGAGAUGACAACCAAAAGGAAAAUUAUUGGCCGCCUGGUGCCAUGCCGAUGUUUUCGAGGGGAAGAAGAAACCAUCUCAGUUCUUGAUUACUCCCACUGCAGCCUUCAGCAGGUUCCAAAGGAGGUUUUUAACUUCGAACGGACAUUGGAAGAACUUUAUCUUGAUGCUAAUCAAAUUGAAGAGCUACCCAAGCAAUUGUUCAACUGUCAAGCUCUCCGUAAACUGAGUAUUCCAGACAAUGACCUUUCAAGCCUGCCAACCAGCAUUGCUAGUUUAGUUAAUCUCAAAGAACUUGACAUCAGUAAAAAUGGGAUCCAAGAUUUUCCAGAAAAUAUAAAGUGCUGUAAGUGUUUAACAAUAAUUGAAGCGAGUGUCAAUCCUAUUUCCAAGCUCCCAGAUGGUUUUACACAGCUUUUAAACUUGACCCAGCUCUACCUAAAUGAUGCCUUUCUGGAAUUUCUUCCAGCUAAUUUUGGAAGACUUGUUAAAUUACGAAUAUUGGAAUUACGAGAGAAUCACUUGAAAACUCUACCAAAGUCAAUGCACAAACUGACACAACUGGAGAGGCUUGACCUAGGCAAUAAUGAAUUUGCCGAACUGCCUGAAGUUCUAGAACAAGUUCAAAAUCUAAAGGAAUUGUGGAUGGACAAUAAUUCCCUUCAAACACUGCCUGGGCCUGUAGGAAAGUUAAAACAGCUGGUGUAUUUGGAUGUGUCAAAAAAUAGGAUAGAAAGUAUUGAUAUGGACAUAUCAGGAUGUGAAUCCCUUGAAGACCUACUGUUGUCAUCCAACAUGCUACAACAACUGCCAGAUUCUAUAGGGCUCUUGAAAAGACUUUCAACUCUAAAAGUAGAUGACAAUCAACUUACAAUUCUGCCCAAUGCCAUUGGAAAUUUAUCUUUAUUAGAAGAAUUUGACUGCAGCUGUAAUGAACUGGAGUCCCUACCUCCCACUAUUGGCUACCUGCACAGUCUGAGGACAUUAGCUGUGGAUGAGAAUUUCUUGUCUGAAGUGCCCAGAGAAAUUGGAAGUUGUAAGAAUGUAACAGUUAUGUCUCUGCGUUCUAACAAGCUGGAAUUUCUCCCAGAUGAGAUUGGUCAAAUGCAGAAACUCAGAGUCUUAAAUCUGAGUGACAACAGACUGAGAAAUUUGCCUAUUACUUUCACAAAACUAAAAGAACUUGCAGCUCUGUGGCUUUCUGACAACCAGUCAAAGGCUCUUAUCCCUCUACAAACUGAGGCACAUCCAGAAACAAAGCAAAGAGUGCUGACUAACUACAUGUUUCCUCAGCAACCUCGUGGCGAUGAAGAUUUCCAGUCUGACAGUGAUAGUUUUAAUCCUACUUUAUGGGAGGAGCAGCGUCAGCAACGUAUGACAGUUGCCUUUGAAUUUGAAGAAAAAAAGGAACAGGAGGAAAAUGCAGGAAAAGUGAAGGAAUAUUGCACUUUGGAAGGUUUUUAUCCCCAGCGGCAUGCUACUUCUGAGGUUGAAAUAAACUUAAAGCGUUAUCCAACUCCAUAUCCAGAAGAUUUAAAGAACAUGGUGAAAUCUGUUCAAAAUCUGGUGGGUAAAAGCCAUGGAGUGAGGCCUGAAAAUGCAACGCCAACUGCCAGUUCUGAGCAAACUAUGAAAGAGAAGUAUGAGCACAAGUGGCCAAUGGCAACUAAGGAAAUAUCAGUGGAGGACCCUUUUGUACACCCUGUGAAUGAUAUGAGGAUGGGAGAACUUCGACCCUCAAUGACUGAAACCCCAUUGUACCAGCCUAAGCUUGUUCUCUUGGGAAAAGAGAAAAAAGAGUCAACAGAUGAGUCUGAAGCAGAUAAAAUUCACUGUAUGAACAACAGCGUUUCUUCAGGCACCUAUUCGGAUUAUUCACCUUCACAAGCUUCUUCAGGGUCUUCUAAUGCCCGUGUUAAAAUGGGGUCCCUGCAGACUACAGCUAAAGAUGCAGUGAAUAAUUCCUUGUGGGGUAACAGGCUUGUUCAAUCUUUUCCCCAACCCAUUGAGACAAAACCAUUGCUCAGCCAGCGUGAGUCUGCUCCAGCAGGAAAUUUGCAGCAGCAUAACGAUAGGCGUCAAAUGAGUGACACAUUUGCUGAUAGCUGGAAUGAUGGUUCUCAUUAUGAUAACACAGGAUUUGUAGCAGAGGAGAGCACUGUGGAGAACCCCAGCUCCAACCCCCUCUUAAGCUCUAAAUCAAGAAGCACAUCUGCUCAUGGGCGCAGGCCUUUAAUUAGGCAAGACAGAAUAGUUGGCAUUCCUCUAGAACUUGAACAGCCUACUCUCAGAAACACACCUGAAUCAGAAGUGCCUCCAUCAAAUCCUUGGCAGAACUGGACAAGGACCCCUAGUCCAUUUGAAGAUCGGACAGCCUUUCCUUCAAAACUGGAGAGUACCCCUACCACCAGCCCUUUACCUGACAGAAAAGAUCGUGUUAAAGACUCUCCUGAAAUAAUUGGUACUUUUCCUCCAGGAACAGCAUGGGAGUAUCAUGAUUCAAAUGCUAACAGAAGUCUUAGUAAUAUGUUUUCUCAUAUUCACUGUCGCCCUGAGCCAUCUAAAAAUACCAUUUCCAUCAGCAAGAGUACAGAGAGACUUUCCCCAAUGAUGAGGGAUAUAAAGACUAGUAGAUUUAAGAAGUCACAGAGUAUAGAUGAGAUAGAUAUUGGCGCUUAUAAAGUUUAUAAUAUACCACUGGAGAACUAUGCAGCCACUACAGAAAAUGCAGGAAUACAUGAGAUGCCAGACAAAAUGAUGCGGCCAGAGCAUGGAAUGUCUAGUAUGUCUCGCAGCCAGUCUGUACCAAUGCUUGAUGAUGAACUUCUGACCUAUGGAAGUGUUAAAGUUCAGCAACAACAAAAGCCUUCUGUAACUAAGAAAAUGUACCAGUUUGACCAAAGCUUUAAUCCUCAAGGAUCAGUGGAAGUGAAAGCAGAGAAGAGGCUACCACCACCAUUUCAACAUACUCCAGAAUACAUUCCCCAGCAGAGUAAAAAUGUUCCCAAGGAUUUGGUUAGCCCAAGAGCCUACCGAGGAUAUCCACCUAUGGAGCACAUGUUUUCAUUCUCUCAGCCUUCUGUUAAUGAAGAGACUGUUAAUACUCAGUUCUCAAGUCAGGGAUCAAGGGCUGGAUUUUUGCGAAGAGCAGAUUCAUUGGCCAGUUCCACAGAAAUGUCUAUGUAUAGAAGAGUCAGUGAACCACAUGAACCUCAGAGUGAUAGGUAUAACAGACACCAAUAUAGAGGAGCUAUGGAACGCCAAAGCAGCAUUUCUGUGUCUGAAUCCCAGUUCCUCAAAAGGAAUGGCAGGUAUGAAGAUGAACACCCUUCAUAUCAAGAAGUGAAAACUCAGUCUGGAAAUUUUCCAGUUAAAAACCUUACACAAAGGAGACCAUUGUCUGCAAGAAGCUACAGUACAGAGAGUUAUGGUACCUCCCAAACCAGGCCAGUUUCAGCUAGACCUACAAUGGCAGCUCUGUUGGAAAAGAUACCAUCAGACUAUAACUUGGGUAACUAUGGUGACAAGCCGUCAGAUAACACUGAUUUAAAGACAAGGCCUACCCCUGUGAAGGGAAGUGAGAGCUGUGGUAAAAUGCCCGCUGACUGGAGACAACAGCUACUUAGACAUAUAGAAGCUAGAAGGUUAGACAGGACUGCUGCUUACAAACACAACACUGUUAACCUUGGCAUGCUGCGCUCUGGAGGUUUGUCAGCAAUGCAUGCGGGCAGAAGCAUGACAUUAAACUUGCAGACUAAAUCUAAAUUUGAAAACCAAAUGCACCAAGAGCUACCUCUACCGAAAACCCCAUCACAACAGAGCAGCAUUCUAGACAAUGGACAGGAAGAUGUUUCUGUUGGUGGCCCAUGGAAUCCUUAUCCUCUUGGAAGGCGAGAUGUGCCACCAGAUACUGUCACUAAAAAGGCAGGUAGCCAUAUCCAAACUCUGAUGGGAUCACAAAGUCUGCAACAUCGGAGUCGAGAACAACCAUAUGAGGGUAGCAUGAAUAAAGUGACCAUCCAGCAGUAUCAGCCACCACUGCCUAUCCAGAUUCCCUCUCAGAGCACUCGAGCACCACCAGCAGGGAGAUGUGUAAUCCAAACUAAAGGACAAAGGAGUAUGGAUGGCUAUCCAGAACAGUUUUGUGUGAGGAUAGAAAAGAAUCCAGGCCUUGGAUUUAGUAUCAGUGGAGGAAUAAGUGGACAAGGAAAUCCUUUCAAACCCUCUGACAAGGGUAUCUUUGUUACUAGGGUUCAGUCUGAUGGACCAGCGUCCAACCUGCUCCAGCCUGGUGAUAAGAUUAUCCAGGCAAAUGGACACAGUUUUGUACAUAUGGAACAUGAAAAAGCUGUAUUACUACUGAAGAGUUUCCAGAACACAGUAGAUCUAGUUAUUCAACGUGAGCUUACCGUCUAAAUAUUUUUAUAAAUAGUGAAAUAUGCCUAGCCAGAUCUAAUGUUUAAUUAAAUACAAAUUUAUAUAUAUACAUAUAUAAAUAUAUAUAAAUACAUAUAAAUAUAGAGGAAACAAUUUUUUUGCCAAUUGCUGGACCAAUGGCAAAUAUAGUGCCAAAUGUACGUACGUCAGUAUUUGAUCAUCCUGAGGAAAAAAUAACUCUAUAAAUAUCAUUUCCAUGUUACUUAUUAAUUUUCAUUGUAUGCCUCUGGCUGUGCAUUGGUGCCAGCUACUUUUUCAUAAUCUUUUAAAAUUGUUUCUGGAUAUCAUGUAAUUUUAGAAUACACAAGCACAUUCAAGAGCUUAACAAAUUCUAUUGUCCGCUAAAAAUACUGCCUCGAAGUUGAAUAUGCCUUUAGAAAGCAAACAACAUAAAAUCAUUCCCAUAGAAGUGUCCAACAAGUCAGAUAUAACUGGUUUAUAGAAAACUAUUUUCAUAGACACCUAUAAGAAAAAGUAUAUAAAUCAAAUCAUUAUUAUGUUAUUUUUUUCCAGUGCAAAUGCAUGUAUGCCUUAUGGAAUGAACUUUACAGACACAUGGGCUGGGUGGUAUUACACAUGCAAAUUGUGGCUUCCUUCUGCAUACAGUCACAGUAUCUCGUAGCACCCAAAAGGUGAUGAUUAGGGAACUAUUGUUGUAUCAGGGAUGUGUAUGGACUAGCCAAAAUGGUUAGUACCGUACAUUAUAUUAGGAUCACAAGGAAGGAUGGAGAAUAAGGGGCUUCUAUCAUUUGAUUUCACAGUCUCAUGCCUGUCAGCAUGUUUGCAGUCUAGCACUUUGUAUAAGGAUAAUUUGUGUAGGAUCAUAACUAGCCAAAAUAUUAGCUUACAAGGUAAAACAGUCCUUAUACAUAAUUCGCUAAGGGCUGGAAUGUCACAACAACUAAAUCCCCACCAAUUGGCACGCAGAACUCGCUAAUUGGGGAGUUCAUUGUCCCAGCAUUCCAAACAUUCCCCUGCCUGCCUUCCCCUGACCCAAGCCUCCCUAUUUUACCUCCCACACCCACCCCAAGCCUCCCUCGCCCGCUCUCUCUCAGGGCCCAAGAAGUUACCCAGGUCAGCUGGGCAGCCUAUUAGCAUGCUGGAAGGGGCUGAUGGGAAUUGUAGUCCAUGAACAUCUGGAGAGCCACAAGUUGCAGAUCCCUGCCCUAUUUAGUGCUCAUUUUAUUUUAAAAUAGGCUUUAUUGCUAGUACAUAAAUAAUAUCUUAAACACUUGGGCCUAUAAAUAGCCUUGAGAAGCAUCUAUCAUGUUGCUUUUGAGGGUGCUUUUGGCUCACAACAUAUAAACUUGGGACAGAAGUAGCAAAUAAUUUUCAACAGUGAGAGGAUCUGUUUGAGUAGCAACUGAUGACUGGCCAGGAAGCAUUAUCUUUAUUGACAGUGACCACCACACUUUUACCUUUACACGUUCUAUCCAGCUUUGCCUAGUGCAAUUUCAAAUAAUCAGAUGGCAGAACAAGCUUACACCCUGAUCCCAAAGGGUCAUCAGUAUGUAAUUCAUUCCCCUCUAAAGGAACAGAACGGCUCAAUUGGAGCAGUACAUUAAUGUAGGAAGUGAACCACAUGAAUCCAUGUUCCCUGGAUACUUCGUAAAGUAUGCAGUUAACAUUUUCCCAUCAUAAAUUAUGAAACUCUUUCAAGUAAUAUAUAACAUUAAAGCUGCACUGAAUGUAAGGUGAGCUUUUGAUUAAAACAAAUAGCAUCCUAAAACCCAGCUUUGCACUUGUUUUCAGACCUUGUCCCCCCUAUCUACUGUUUUUCCAAAGUUUUUAAAGGGGCUGUUUCUUCCUCCUUUACUGUACUAUCCUAGCCACUCUUGGUCAUGUAGUGGAGCCAGUCAUAUUUGGUGACUUCAAUGAAAGUGAGCAAAAGCCAAUGUCUCCUGUUGAAGUUGACUGGACAACAAAUUGUUCUAUCUGAAGUACUAGUUUUAGCAAUGCCUGGCUGGUCAGGGUGUGAAAGAAGACUAGAAAAGCAAGGAAAGGACUGGAAUUUUCCAUCACUCCUUCCCAUCAAAUCUUGGCAAGUUUUUAGACAGUCGUCGUAAAAUUUAUGUAGUGAUAGAUGUUCAAAACACUUCACAUACAUUGUCUCAGUAAUACAACCAGCAUAACAAGCUUUUAGGAUAGGAUUGCUUUAAACAGCUCUGAACGCGUGCAUCCAUGCUACCCUUACUCCAAACUACAGAGGCACGUAACAUUGUCAAAGCAAAGCAAACUGGGUUGGUUAUCAGUUCAGUAGGUGCAUAUGUGGAGAUCCUUGUGGCCUACUUCUCCAUUUAGUUCUAAUCGUAUCAAUUCAGUAUUAGUCUAUUAAUCGCUUUGGUAGCAAGGGACACAGUAUUCUUUGUAAUCUGCAAAUGCUUCCUAGGCCUGACCCUAAAUCCAGGCAGAGAACACACUGUAGCAAUUAUAUAUUGUUCUUACUCAUCUCAAGGAAUGGAAAGGUGUUUGUUGAAAAAUGUAGAGGCGUAUGCUAAAAGAUGUCAAGUAAGUGUUAUUUUCUGUUAUAUUUGGACAUAAAUUUGUUAGGGGUGUUAGAACUCUUACUGCACAGGAAGUAAUUUAGUUCUGGAGUAACUCAAUGGUUUAGCCACUUUAGUUGAGGAGCUUCAUUAAAUUUAUGGUAAUAUGAUUUCUGAAAAUAUAAUUAGGUAACUGAUUUAUUUAUGUAUCACCGUUUUCAUUCCCAAAGCAAUUUAAAUUUUAUGAUUUUGUAUAUUUUUAACUUUAUCAACCAAAACUACAUCAAACUGUUAAACUUCAACAGCCAAAAAUAACUCAGGACAGCCCCUCAGGGUUGCAUGCAACAUACGAGUCUCAUUUCAACUGUGUUAUUCGGUGAAAUAAUUAUGAACCAUAAGCAACAGGUGAGCAUAAUGACACUGUACUUUUACAAGGUCUGGCCAUGUAAGGAUACCACCAGAAUCACAUGCAAGCUACUGAACUUGCAAGCAUAACUACUACCGGUCCUCUUCAGACUGAAUCCUGAUUUCACACACUAAUUAAAUUAAAUGAAGCCUGAGUUUCAUUGCUCUCGUGUGCUAUGGGAUAGAGAUCUUUGAAUCUCAGAUUCCUUCUUCAGUCUAGUCUGCAGAACAGGUCAGUCUUGAACUGAAACUGUAAUGAAAGUGUAGAAAAGCUGGUAUUCUUUGAUUUUGUUCCCACUCACUAGAACAGCUGUUCGUGGACUAGGAUUAGAGCACAUAGAAUGUCACUGCAAAGAUUGUAGAAAUUACCAUCAUUUCAGUAUCAAUUUGCUGGGGUCUAUACACAUAGCUAGGAUUUGCUUUUUGAGCAAAUGCCACAAAAGUAAUUCUAAAGAAUUAAAUUUUAGAGUCCUUGAAUUGUCUUUCUAAUAUUUUGUUCUGUUUAAAAAACUGAUGGUUGCCUACAUAAUAAUGAUUGUAAGCAGUUGCUUCUGAGAAAAAUGUGCCUAGUGAAACAAUUGAUUUUGCCAUUUCUGGCAUUGCCAUAUAUUUUGUCCAAGUUCUGCAUAAAAUAUAGUUCUUAGCUUUUAAAAUCAACCAUUCUUCCAUCGUAAAUCUAGUGCCUAUGAAAUGUGGACUAAAAGUACUUCCCACACAGAAUACUCAGUUGCUUAUGCUGCCAAUGAAACAAAUGGGUACAUGUUUUUUCCUAAAAAUUACACACUUAUUGCAGACUAUGCCAUCCAUUUUCCAAACUAAAAACAGCUUUGUGCAAAGCUAGCUUGUGAAUAUACUGAAUUGACCUCAAUGUAUGUCCCUCUAGCAAACAAUCAUGCAAACCACAACAAAAAAGGAAAAAAAACCUAAAGUGUUAAUCCAUUCUCAUGUGAAGGUUUGGAAAGUGUCACAAUUAGAAAUGCCAACUCUCUUCAAAAUUACCCAAUGAUAAGCUAGCAACUGAGUUUUUUUCAAGUUGGAUCAUGUGCCACCUUUCUACUUAUGUGCCUCUCUACCUGGUGUUAUAGAAGUAGUGAUCUGCUGCUGAGUGCAUUUCUUUUGUACUAGGCACUUCUAAGCUCCUUGCAGAACACAGGGGACAAUUCUAAGCAGGUCUACUCAGAAAUCAGUCUCAUGUUAUUCAGCAGGGCUUUGUCUCAGAGCCCUGAGGAUUGCAGCCAUAGAUACUUUUGCUCACACAGAACUUUACAUAUCAGAGGAAAAUACCAAGUGCAGUCGAUGAUCGCUUCUGCAACAGGCAAAGAGCAACACAAGUGGAAACAUAGUAUAGGAUCUAAACCUUCAAUUAAGAAAUGUUUAUUGCUUUCAUGUACUUCAGGUAAAAUUUAGAUGAAGCUCAGACUAACAUACUUUCAUCAAACACUAUCUUUCAUUAGGAACUGCGAUAACAUUUUACAAUCGCAUUUUCUUAAAAUUUAGAUAUAUUUUUUCAUGUAGUGUUGCAUUGUGUUCCAAGUGUAAAAAAGUAUAAGAACUUCUAGACCCAUAGUAUGUAUCGCGCAUAAAUGCAAUGAAAGUUAUUUUAAUAUUUGCUGUGCAUGAGCGUGAUGGUGCAGUUAUCAUCUGAGCAGCCCGACACUGACACCUAAAGGCAAAACAUAGUUUGGUCUCUACACUGAUCUUUGAAAAUCUACUCAAUUUCUCAAUCUAGAACUGCAAAAACAAAAACAAACAUUAAUUCAGAUUGAAAACAAGUCCUCUCUUGCUAGUCUUUGUGAAUCUUUCAGAUGUGCAUUAAAAGUUACCAGUAAAAUAUGUUAAUUCACAACAUUUCACUACAUCUAGAAUGUUCACGCCCCCUUGUAAAAGCUUUUAUUCUAAACAUCAACAAAGCCACACCAGUUCAGCACAAGAGGCUGAAUUUUUAUAAAUUGGGGCCUUCCCUGCCUCUUUGCUAGCUUACGUGGCUUAACACUGGGCAAGAUACUUAUUAAUUUUUCUACUUGUGAGUACUGUAAUGAAGUCAAAUCAACAACUUACUUUAUUACAAAUUUUACCAUUUUAUAAAACACAUGUUUAAUUAUAGAGAUAGCUGUAUUGUAAUUAAUAUUUUGAGACAAUUGUGACUUUGAGCUUAAAUUAUAUACAGAACAGUCAUUUUUGUAUGUGUUACAAAGAUUGAUAUGACAAACUAUACUUUUGAGUUUAAUUACAGUAUCAUUGUAAAUAAAGCUGAAUCAUUUACUACUUUAUGAACAUAGAUUGUGAAUGUAUUUAAAUGUUUUUGCAGUAUAAGGAUUUACUGAACUUGAAAGCUGCUUCAUUUUAUGUGCAAAAAGGAACGUAAACUAUAUUUUAAAUAUCUGGAUUCAGUGAAAGCAAUUAUCUUUAAUUUGCACAUGCAGGUGGUAUCCUUCCCAUUUUAUUUUGUGUACUGACACUAACUAGUAAGGUGCAUAUUGUCGAGAAUGCAUUUUGCAGAUGCUUUCUGUACAUAAAAAGAAUACAGGGACUCAAAACAAUGCUGUGCAGUGUAUAGCAGAGCCAUUUUCGGCUUUGGUGUACUCUACCUUUUUCAGUAUUUAAAAAGUGUUUUGAAUACUAUAUUAAAAGUUUAUUGUAUAAAUAAAGUCACCUUAUUGUAA